UAAUUCAUAAUUGUUAGAUAAGAGGCCCCAAUCUGCACAAUUAACCUCUUCAGCCCAAACCUUCACUAACCAUGGCGAAUUGCUUUUUUUACUCAACAGAGACGAUGACCGAUAAAGAAUUCAAUUAAUCACUCCAUUACGAGUUUAUUAAUCCUCUUUAUUUGCCUCUCCACACCCUCUUCAGCCGGCAAUUUACCUACCUCUUAUCAGUUAUCACCCUUCAAAAUUCCCCAAUUUCUGAUCGAAUUUGUUCGAUUCGUUACGUUUCAGUGGUGGGUUUUGAUUCUUUCGUUGAUCUGAUUGGUGACAAAUCUUGAUACUUACAGGUGAAUUUUUCAUUUUCUUUUUCUUUUUUUGUUUUGAAAUCGGUAUUGAUAGUUGAUCUGAUUUCCAUUCGAUUUAGUGGGCUUGUUUGUAAUUUGGAUACGAUUAUUGGGUAUCGAUCAAAAUUUGAUUUUGUUUGUGGUUUUGGUUGGAUACGGUUAUUGGGUUUCGAUCAAGAUUUGAUUUUGUUUGUUGGUUUGUUUUUUAAUCUGGAUAUGGUUAUUGGGUUUUGAUCAAAAUUUGAUUUUGUUUGUGGCUUUGUCUUUAAUCUGGAUACGGUUUAUGGGUUUUGAUCAAGAUUUGAUUUUGUUUGUGGGUUUGUUUUAUAACCUGGAUAUGGUUAUUGGGUUGUGAUCAAAAUUUGAUUUUGUUUGUGGGUUUGAAUUGAAUUAUAAUUAUUAUUAUUCACCCAAAUGGUCUGUUUCCAUAGCUCAAUCCCGGUUAGCCAACACAUGAACAUGGCUAAUCAUUCACAUAAAUCAUCAAAAAGAAGUCCAAUUUCAACAUGUGAACAGUCUCCAUCUGCUUUGAUCGAUUUGAUCAUUUUAAUUGCUGUGAUUGGUGCUUGUGGCUUCCUUAUUUAUCCCUAUGCAAACCUUUUAUUCUUUCAAGGCUUUCAUUUUCUUGAAGCAGUUUUUUUAUUGGUGAAAGAUGAGGUUCUUGAAGCUCCCAUGAUCUAUGGGUGUUUAGGCCUUAGUAUUUUCAGUGCAUCAAUGGCUGUUUUGGCAAUUACGAUAUGCACAUCUAACAAAUGUGGUAAACCGGGUUGUCGCGGGCUGCACAAGGCAGCCGAAUUCGACAUCCAGCUUGAAACCAACAACAGUUUGACCAAUGCAAGCUCUUCAAAUGGUGGUACUAAUUUGGGGAAUAUUGGGUUGAAGAAAGGGUUGUUUGAAUUGCCAAGAGAUUACCAUAAGGAGUUGGAGGCUGAGCUCAAGAAGUUGGCUCCGAUUAAUGGACGAGCGGUUCUUGUUUUUCGAGCCAGGUGUGGUUGUUCUGUUGGUAGAUUGGAAGUGCCUGGCCCUAAGAAGAACCACAAAAAGAUCAAAAAGUAGAUAAAAGAUGAUUCUGUGAUUAGAUGCGUAUAAAACAUGAUUAAAAUAAGGUGUACGGAUAUGAAUGGCACAUAUACAAUCUUUUUAGUAGUAUAUACUUUGUGAUGAGAUUUUGAUAUAAAGAUUUAUGCUUUGAUGUUCU